AUGGAAGACCAGCUCGACCCUUCAGGCGCCGCAGCCUUGUCCGGAGCCUCGCAGUUCCUAAGCACAUUCGCCUCGGGCGAGACCAUAUCCAGAGCUACUUCGCCGGGCAUCCCCUCUUCCGACGGCGCCCAAGACCACAGCAAACGCUACCGGCCGAGGACGUUUUCCUACUUCGAACUGUUGCCGUAUCCCGUCGAGGAAGAGGCACAACGUGAGGCUGCGCUGCAAGGGAUCCUCAAGCAACUGUAUAUUGCCAUCAAGGCCGAGGACUUCUCGCCAGGCGCUUUGCACUGGACAAGACAGCUGCAAUCAUGGCUGAACCUCAAGUUCGACCUGCCCAGAGACUUGCGGGCCAAGCUGGCGAAGCUGUACUUCCACUUGUCCCUGGCCCCAGGGCUGGACGGCACUACGGCAGACCGUUUCAGUAGGAUGGUCUCCGUCUUGGCCAAGCGGAAGCACCUCGUCAAGCCUAUAGACGACUUGACGCUGGAUUGGCGCCCGAUUUGGAAAGAGAUCAAGUCCUUGGUCUUGCCCGGCGAGGCGCCUGCGCAUCACUCCUCGCGCAGGAGGGGACUGAAGCACCUGUGGAAACUGUGCUUGCAAGCCUCCAUAUACUUCGAUCCCAGGGAGAGACGUGCCAUGCUGGAUGAGAUCCUGCCCUACUUCAGCACAUCAGACCUUCAGAACGCCUACAUUGUGGUUGGCACCCUCAACAUAUUACUCCCCACCACUCCCGCACCCCUGACGGAGAUGCAGUCACAGCCUGCAGAUUUCGUGCCCACCUUCUUCCAUCUCUGGUCCCUCAACACCCGAUCCAAGGUGUUCGACACAGCCUUUCUCGACAUCUUCUCGCGCAUGGCUAGGGACUACCUGACUUGCCAGCAUGUGCCUUUCACGGAGCACGGCAUCUUCACACGAGACCAGUCGGACCUGCUCUUUACUGCGAUCCUUCGCCUGACCGAGAUUCCCGUAGGCCAGGCCAACUCUCCCUACACCAACCUGGAUUACUCAUCCGGCUUGGGUCUUUUCCUGGAAAAGGAUAAGAAAAGAUAUCCCAUCUCGUACACUAUUUCCCGCUGGGUCAUCUCAUCAUUGUCGCCGAAAUGCCUGGGUAAGGACAGUUCGAUUCUGAACAGCCUGGAGGGGCUGAUGGAGUCUGUCGACACCUUCUUCCACCCCUCCAAUCAGGGCGCAUGGACUCAGAUGCUCGCCCAGCUGACCUUCUAUCUUACGGAGAUGUUUGUGUCCAGGUGGAACAAGGAGCAGAGGGGCGAGCAAGACACGCCUGAAGAUCGACGACUUGAUGAUAACCUCAAGAAAAGAUUUGUUUUGAGUCUCAGGGAGGUCACCUUCAUGGGCCUGUUUGGUAAGAGCACCAAGAUAACAAACUUGUACUUUGGCUCUCUUCAGAAUUUGACCUAUCUUGAACCUGACUUGAUGCUUCCUGGUGCUCUGCAGAGGUUCUAUCCUAGUUUGCAAGGUCUAGUCGAGGUGCAUCGGACAACCUCUAGUCUGUGUGGCCUGCAGAUGAUCGCCAAUAUCAUGUCCAAGCAGAAGGGUUUCCGUUGUCAUAUCACCGCUCUGCUUGCCUUGGCCUUGCCUGGAAUCGAUGCCAACGAUCUGAACAAGACGCAGUAUACUCUCAACUUCAUCCAGAGCGUCGCCUAUAGCAUACCGUUUGUCAACCUGGCCAAGGAGAACGCCAAUAUUCAUGACACAAGCGUCGCAAUGCAAUGGGUCCAAGGAGAGAUGGAACGGAUGGAGAGAGAGGGCCAGGAAGUCAAGAUCGACUACAAGACGGAGCUCAGUGAUGAAGAUGAGGCUAACAUUGUGCGCUCUUCGACUGCUGGUUUCGGGGAGUUCAUCCUGGCCCUGCUCGGGAAAGUCUUCACACUGCUGGAGAAUCUCCCAGACUCGUCCCAUCUACGCUCAGGGUCACCCGAGGACAACAUCAUCAACACUCUGCCGGCAGCUUUGACCCCGUUGUUUGCGUCUCUGUCUCCUGAGCUAUUCGAUAUGACGCUGGAGAAACUUGCGACCUUUGUUUCUACCCAUGUCGUUCACCAAGCUCGCGACAGUAUGGCUUGGAUCUGUAAUGCGCUCUGCAAGGUCAACCCCGAGAAGACACUCAAGGUCUUCAUUCCCAUGCUGACAGUGAAUAUACGCAAUGAGAUCGACUACAACGGUGCCGCAUCAGACCGAAGCAGUGGUACUGAGGUUCUCCCUCGAGAUCGAGCUCUUGUAUGGCACGUGAGCAUUCUCAGCAUGUGUGUUGUUCACGUUGGUGCCGAAGUAUUGAGGUACAAGAAAGACCUGUUCGACAUUGCUCAAUACAUGCAGGAGAAGUGCCGCGGUCUCCCCACUCUUCACAUUAGCAACUAUAUCCAUCACCUGCUACUGAACCUGACACACACAUAUCCCAUCGACAAUGCCUUGUACGAACCCGAUGUGAUCAAGCGGGGCUUGGACGUGGACGAUUGGGGACGCGGUACUGCGCCGGCUGACUUGACUAUCCGCUGGCAUCGGGCAACUCCGGAAGAACUGAGAUUCGCCGUCGAGCUCUUCCAGUCACAGGCUGAGGGCGCCAUGCAACGACUUGAGUCUUUCAUGAGCGAUGAUCCGCCUGUCAGCAGGAACGGCAAGAACAAGGAGUGGUCUGACGAGGUCUCCCGUCAGCUCAGUCAACUGCGACUGGUCAUCUCCGGCAUCUCUACUCUGUUCGAUCCCAAACGUGCUUCGGGGGGAGCCAACGGUCACACCAAUGGUAGCAUUGACCAUGAGGGUGAUGAGGAGAUGGAGGAUAAUGAUGAGGAAGAAGAUCCACUUGCUGAGGUUGGCGAGGAUGACGAGACGCGACCACAGUACAAAUAUCAAAGUGGCUAUCUUCUCACCCCAGAAGAUUCACUCUACUCACGCAUUCACGACAUCCGUGACAACAUUGGCCACCUCCUAUCUCGUACACACUCCUUCCUCAACAGCCAUCAGGCCGAUGACGUCGCCUGUUUCACGUCUUUGUAUUCUACAUAUCGGAUGUGGAUCACUGACGUGGGCUUCGAAAGAUCUGCCCAUCCACUCGAGAGGCUGCAGAGACUCUACAAGGCAGAUGUUGGCCCAUUCAAAAUCAGUGCCCUUCGAAAGGCCUAUCCUCGCCCGUUGCUAAUCAAACGAGCGGAUGCAUAUCACUUGCAACGAGUCAAGCAGAACGCAUCCGUCAGAAACAAGAGUGAACUUGACAAGAAGCUGCUGCUUGACCUAGCCCAAUCAUGUACUUCACCGUACGCCGAUGUGCGGCGAGUGGCUCAAGGUGCGCAGGAUGCAUCACUCAAAGUCUUGAUUGGAGGCCGACCCUUGGUCAUACCUGUCAUCCUGGAACAAUUCCGCAAGGCAUUAGCCGAGGUGGACCACGAUCGUAUCAAGGGCUCUAUGUACACUCUGCUUUUCACCAGUCUUCUGAAGACUCUGAUGAGAGAUUGGAGAUUUGCCCCCGAUCUCAUGCGCCUCUACAUCCAGACCGCCGGGGUAGACAAAACAUCCAUCCAAAACCUCGGCGCCAGCGCUCUGUUUCCGCUGAUAGAGUUCGGGAAGCGUUUUGAGCUUAUGGUCUUGCUGGAUGAGAACAUCGUGAACUUGAUUCAACCUUCCGAAGAUUGCUCGAAAGUCAUCGAUUCGCGCCAUGAUUUCAUCCUGGAACGCAGAAAGAAGGUUGAGGAGAAGAAGGCCGCCCUCGGCUUGGAACUGGUGGACAUUGCCAAAGGUUCUCACUGGAAAACAGCAAGCAGGUGCGCUAUCUUUGCCACAAACUUGUGUCUUCGUUUCGAUUCCGUCGCCCCGUCACAGUUCAUCGAGCUGGCCAUCCAGGGCGCCAACGAUCCGCAUCCUGGUCUGCGUACGGGCUAUAUCACGGCAUUUUCAAACAUCUUUACCGUGAUCGACCAGCGUGCAGUCUACAACCACUCGUACAAGGACUACUUGGAAGAAAAGGAGAAGGACUCCAACAAGAUCAUAGUGCCUGUAACGGAGAGCGAUGCUGCACACACCGACAAGUUCCUUGACCAGUUCAAACAUUCGGAGAAUGCCGAUUACUACAUCGAUACUGACCACGUUGGUUGGCUAGUCUGGGGAAAGCAAUUCACGGCCUUCAAGGCCAAGCCCAAUCGCUUUGAUGACUACGAUGACGUUGAGAGAGCUGCGAGAAAACAGAUUGGCAAGCUACUCACCAGAGAGUGGCUCGCUAAGUGUUUUGAUUACCUCAAGCAAGAACCGCGCGACUCUUCGUCGGAUAGGUUCCGGAGUCAGAAUGUCAUCUUAUUGAUGCAUGUUUUUGACUUGAUGAACUACGACCAGACCGCACUGACAUUUGAUGACGUAAAGGAGCUCACACUGGAGGUCUAUGGCGAUGGCAGUGACAAGCAUCAGCAUCGAGCAACUGCUGAGAUUGUUGGCGCCUUGCUUGCGGGCUCUGCGGAUGAUCCUAUUGAAAUGAGAGAUCGAUCCUGGGGCUUCGCCCAGCCACUGAUGCUCAAGAUCUUCGCUGACAGCUUGACGCCGGAGAACCUCAACUACUGGAGCACAUGUCUGCACUUUAUCAUCGACACCAAAGAUCCGCGUCGUGCUCAUGAACUCGUCGAGAGCCUCAGCUCUUUCCGCCUUGAUAUGUCUUCCAAUGCUGCCUUCAAGGAGUCUUCCAAGGUUUUACUCCUCGAGAUUCUCAUCAACGACUGCGGUUGGCACUUCCGCAUUGAGAAGUCGAUUCUGCAGGACUUUUUAACGCACAUUGAUCACCCGUACAAGUCUGUACGAGAAUCGAUCGGUCGCGUCAUUGCUACAAUCUACCGCACUCGUUAUCACGAGUCUUUUGAGAAUGUUUCUACUCUUCUUGACAAGAACAAAGCCGAAUCUACCAUCGGUAUACGCCCUUACAAACCAACCGAGGAAUUCUCGGCAACCAUCAAUGAUGUGUUCGGUCGAUUGGAGAAAUGGAGACAUGAGCGCGAGCCCGGACAGCAAACUCCUUCUUCAUACACGUCGGGCUCCAAGACUGUUUUGACAUGGUUGGAUAGCACUCUAUCUUCCCAGGAGUGCGCGCAGCUAGUUUCAUUUUUCCCAGAGCCCUUCAUUGAUCAGUUGCUCCACAUGAUGGAUGUCAAAGAAGACCCUGAGCUGAUGCGACUGGCUUAUCAUGUCUACCGCCACCUGCCGAAUAUUCCAUUCCGGUCUGGAGAGGAUGCUGCAUUCAUUUCGGCCUUGAUCCGCAUCGGCAAGAGCGCUACGUCGUGGCAUCAGCGCCUUCGUGCCCUUGUCAACAUGCAAGUCAUAUACUUCCGACGCCUCUUUUUGACUGCGCCGGCACAACGAGAGCUUCUCUUCGACGCAGUGGGUGACAUGCUCUCCGACCCGCAGCUAGAAGUCCGCACGGUUGCUGGCGCUACCCUCGCCGGAAUGAUCCGUUGCUCGCCUGCUGCAAUUCGAAACCCCAUCAUCAAGACUCUGAAGAAGCGCUUCGAGACUCAGCUUGAGCGCAACCCGAUGCCGAAGAAGAAGGCUCCUGGAACUGACACGCCUGUUAAUGUCACACAGCAGGUGGUUCGGCGUCAUGCAGCUGUCCUUGGACUUGGAUCCCUGAUCGAGGCCUUCCCGUACGCCACGCCGCCGCCCCAGUGGAUGCCUGAAGUGCUUGCACUCCUCGCGAGACGGGCAGCCAGCGACCCAGGUGUAGUUGGCAAGGCUACCAAGGGCAUACUUUCGGAGUUCAAGAAGACCAGACAGGAUAGUUGGGGAGUUGACCAGAAGGUAUGUGACGUCAUUGACGACAACUUGGCGACUGUUGAAGCUGACUAUCCCAGUAUUUUACUUCAGAACAGCUGGAAGACCUCGAAGGUGUACUCUGGAAGAGUUACUUCGCAUAGGUCAGCCGUGCCGGAAAAGAUGUAUGCGGAAGCACGCAUAUGGGAAUUUGCCAUCAGCCAUUGA